AUGGCAGAAGACUAUGUAUACUUGCAAGGUGGGAGAGUUGAAGGACCCAUUGCAGAAGAUGAUUUAUACACCAAAGAUGGGACAGUGGACUACAGAGGGAACCCAGCUAACAAAAAUGUCACAGGAACCUGGAAGGCCUGCCCUUUUAUUCUAGGUAAUGAGUUCUGUGAAAGAUUGGCAUUCUAUGGGCUGAGUGCAAAUCUGGUGCUUUAUUUCAAGAAUCAUCUACACCAGAGCAGUGCUGCUGCAGCUAAAAGUAUCUCCAAUUGGACUGGAACAUGCUACCUCACCCCUUUGAUUGGUGCAUUUCUAGCUGAUGCCUAUUUGGGAAGAUACAAGACCAUUGCCUCUUUCACAAUCAUCUACGUCAUUGGGAUGGCUCUCUUGACAAUGUCAACAUCAGUUCCAGGCCUGAAACCUACCUGUGUUUUGGAAGAUGACUGCUAUGUGACUCCUGGACAAUCUGCAGCCUGCUACGUGGCACUUUACCUAAUAGCUUUGGCAACUGGUGGGAUUAAGCCUUGUGUCUCAGCUUAUGGAGCAGACCAGUUUGACGAGGAUGAUGAGGUUGAAAAGAAGCACAAGAGUUCUUUUUUCAACUGGUUCUAUUUUGUCGUCAAUGUUGGGGCUUUGAUUGCUAGUUCAUUGCUGGUGUGGAUACAGACCAACAAGGGUUGGGAAUGGGGUUUUGGCAUACCAGCAGUUGCCAUGGCAAUUGCUGUAGUGAGUUUCUUUUUGGGUACUAGGUUAUACAGGAACCAGAAGCCAGGAGGUAGCCCGAUAACUCGAAUAGUUCAGGUGGUGGUAGCAUCUGUGAGAAAAUACAAGGUGAAAGUACCUGAAGACAAGUCCGUUUUCUAUGAGACUGCAGAUGCAGAGUCUGCUAUCAAAGGAAGCCGCAAGCUUGAACACACAAAUGAGUUUAGGUUUUUUGACAAAGCAGUUGUGGAGCUACCAACAGAUAAUAUAAAGGGCUUCAAAAACCCUUGGAGACUAUGUACAGUUACCCAAGUAGAGGAGCUAAAAUCAAUCAUAAGGCUGCUUCCUGUUUGGGCCACUGGUAUUAUCUUUGCUGCGGUCUUUAGUCAGAUGGGCAACUUCUUUGUGUUGCAAGGCAGCCUUAUGGAUCUUCAUGUUGGCUCCUCUAGCUUUGAAAUUCCAGCAGCCUGCCUCUCUGUAUUCGACACCCUUAGUGUCAUUAUUUGGAUCCCCAUCUAUGAUCGACUCAUUGUCCCAUUUAGCAGAAAAUUCACAGGUCACAAGAAUGGGAUAACUUCACUCCAGAGGAUGGGCAUUGGUCUCUUCAUUUCCAUAUUCUCCAUGAUAUGUGCUGCAAUUCUAGAACAUAUCAGACUCCAAAAGGUUCGAGAGCACAACUAUUAUGACCUUGAGCAUAUGCCCAUGUCUGUUUUUUGGCAAGUGCCUCAGUAUUUCCUAAUAGGUGCUGCAGAAGUCUUCACAGUCAUUGGACAGGUUGACUUUUUCUACGAUCAAGCACCUGAUGCCAUGAGAAGCUUGAGUUCUGCUCUCGCACUCUCCACUGUCGCAUUAGGAAACUACUUCAACUCUCUGCUUGUCACCAUUGUUGCCAACGUGACUACAAAGAACAAUAAGGCGGGAUGGCUUCCGGACAAUUUGAACUAUGGUCACCUCGAUUAUUUCUUCUGUUUUUUGGCAGUGCUGAGUGUUCUGAACCUAGGAGCUUUUUUGUUAAUUUCCAAGUGGUACACAUAUAAGAAGACUCUGGGAAGUAUGCGUUGAUGGCUAUAAAGGAAAUGGUCUCUGGUGCCUUUACUUUGGUCAUUGCAUUGCAUAGC